AAAAAUGAGGAUGAUUUGUGAAGAAAUCAUCCUUGUAAAGCUAUUGGUUCUGGUCAUCAGCCUUUAUCCAAUGCUUUGGUGAUGCUGCUGCUGAUCUAUUUGGGAAGUUGGCUGGCUCUCAAGGCAGUCUCUCUCCCUCUCCCUCUCCUCUCUCUCUCUCCUCAAAGGCUGUUCCACAGUGAAAAUAUGCUCAGUGCAGUUGAGUGCAUGAAUGAAAAAGCCUCCAGUAUCUUCUAGGCUAGCAAAAUGCAGCACAAGGCUCAACUUGCCCUGGCUUUCCUCCUGUCCCAGGUGCUGCUGCAUGUGUUCACGGAAGAUUUAGAAUGCAUCCCUGGAUUCCAACAAAAGGUUUUUCAUAUUGAACACCCGUCUGCAUUCAUGGCGGACCAGCCGAUUCUGAAUUUGGUAUUUGAUGAUUGUCAAGGAAAUCACAAAUUGAACUUUGAAGUUUCAAACCCAGGCUUCAAGGUGGAACCAAAUGGGGUUUUAGUUGCACUGAGAAAUUUAUCGGACACUGGCAGAGCCUUAUUCAUUCAUGCCCGGUCAGCUCAGGCUGAAGAUACAGCAGAAGUAUUGCUUGUCGACAGAAAAGAGAAACAAGGUUCUUUAAAGGAAAUCUUUAAGGCAGAAGGCAGCCUUGGAAUUGUAAGGCAAAGAAGGUCCAUUGUGGCAACUCCAAUCUUAAUUCCUGAAAAUCAGAGAUCUCCAUUUCCAAGGCCCGUGGGCAAGGUGGUAGACAAUGACAGACCAGAGGGCUCCAAAUUUCGGGUUUUUGGGAAAGGUGUGGACCAGGAGCCAAAGGGAUUUUUCAAAAUUGUCGAGAGCACAGGAGAGGUCCUUGUGACACGAUCUCUGGACAGAGAAGCAAUGGCCACAUACCAGUUCCAGGUGGAGAUCACUGAUGCCAGUGGCAAAACCAUAGAAGGCCCAGUCCCUCUAGAUAUCAUCAUUAUUGACCAGAAUGACAACAGGCCUCUCUUCCGGGAAGGACCUUACAUUGGGCAUGUCAUGGAGGGGUCUCCAACAGGAAGUACUGUGAUGCGUGUGACUGCCUUUGAUGCUGAUGAUCCAGCUACAGACAAUGCUCUGCUGAGGUAUAAUAUCCUUAAGCAGACCCCAGACAAGCCAUCUCCAAACAUGUUCUAUAUUGACCCGGAGAAAGGAGACAUUGUCACUGUUGUGUCGCCAGUGCUGUUGGACCGUGAAACAAUGGAGAAUCCGAAAUAUGAGCUCAUCAUAGAAGCAAAAGACAUGGGGGGCAUGGAUGUUGGGUUAACUGGCACUGCCACAGCAACCAUUGUUGUUGAUGACAAAAAUGACCAUGCACCGGAAUUCACCAGGAAAGAGUUCCAAGCUACGGUGAAGGAAGGCAGCAUGGGCGUGAUUGUCAAUCUGACUGUGGAGGAUCGGGAUGACCCAGCAACAGGAGCAUGGAGAGCGGUUUAUACCAUCAUCAAUGGCAACCCAGGACAGAGCUUUGAAAUCCAUACGAACCCCAAGAACAAUGAAGGGAUGCUGUCAGUUGUCAAGCCUUUGGACUGUGAGAUUUCAGCUUUCCACACACUCCUGAUCAAAGUAGAAAAUGAAGAUCCAUUAGUUCCAGACAUAGCAUAUGACACCAGUUCCACCGCAACUGUUCAGAUCACGGUUCUGGAUGUCAAUGAAGCCCCUGUUUUCCACCCAGACCCAAUGACUAUCACCAAACAAGAAAACAUCCCCACUGGCAGUGUUGUGUUAACGGUCAAUGCCACAGAUCCAGACACCUUGCAACAUCAGACUAUAAGGUACUCCAUUAACAAAGAUCCAGCUGAAUGGCUGGAAAUUGACCCUACGAAUGGUACAAUUCGCACCAGGGGUGUCCUUGAUCGUGAAUCGCCAUUUGUUAUCAACAAUGUGUACACUGCACACUUACUGGCAAUAGAUAAUGGUAGCCCUCCUGCAACAGGGACAGGGACACUGCAGAUUACUUUGGAAGAUGUUAACGACAACGCCCCCUCUCUUUAUCAAGCGGUUUCAUCUGUCUGUGAAGAUGCGAAAGAUGUGAAGGUCAUCUUUGGAGCCUUAGACAAGGAUAUUCAUCCUAAUGCCGAACCAUUUAAAUUUGAGUUGAGCAAGCAGUCUGGACAAGAUAAAGUAUGGAAAAUCACAAGAAUCAACAACACCCAUGCCCAGCUCAUUCUGCCACAAAACUUGAAGAAGGCGAACUACAACAUCCCCAUCUUGGUGACCGACUCAGGGAAACCGCCUCUAAUUAACAAUACAGAACUGAAAAUCCAAGUGUGUUCCUGCACAAAAUACAAAAUGGACUGCAGCGCAUCUUCGACCCUUCACCUCAGCAUGGUCCUCUUCUUCAUUUCACUCUUCAGUUUAUAUUGUCUGUAAGAACUCCUGGCUGACACCUGAAGCUGACAUUACUGAGUUGCCAUGGUGACAAGCAAGCAAAGGAUAUGCCAUCCCAGUCAGAAGAUCACAUUUGACUCUUACAAUUCCUUCACUCCUAAGCCUCAGUCGUGCCAAAUGUGGCACUUUGCAACUUCACUCUGUCUGUCCUCCCAGCUGCACGAUAAGUUUCUGACAAAAAACCUCCUGCCUCGGUCUGACUUUACCAAUGGGUUCCUUGCCCAAGAAGACGGACGGUUGAUGUUGUUGCUCGCCAAACGGUUACAAAAUAAAAAUAAAAACACCACAUAAAUCUGAUCUUCUGGGAGCAGAAUUACAGAAGGACUCCACCUCCCCUCUCUCUCUGUUGACUUGUUGCUAUUCAACUGUUUUAAAAAAAAAUUGUCUGUGGGUUAGUAUUUGUAUAUGUAUGAGUGUAUGUAUAUGUAUAUAUAUUUAUAUAGAGAGAAGAGAUAUACAAUAGGGUUAGCUUUUGUAUGGCAUUUGCCUUAGGCUCACGGUCAAUGGAGCAGAGCAGCACAAAGGCUCGGUAACAGAUCAACAUACCAAUAAUAGCUCAACUCGCUGUGUAAGCUGCAUAUAGAAGGGGAGAUCCAAUAUUAGUCAUACUCAGAGUAGACAUGUUGAAUCAAUGCACCUGAGUUACUUGAGUUCCACUGGUCACAGUGGGUCUACUCUGAAGCACGACCAAAAGAGAACAAAUUGUGGUGGUACCAUGAGAAAUGACCACUUUGGUGGCAGUUCCUUAAAAAAAGAAGUCUGGUACCAUUCUCCAAAAGGUAAUGUAUCUUUUGUUAAUUCAUCCUUCCUGAUCACAUCCAAGAAUAUUUUACUCUUUCAGCUUGCUGUGGAAGGUGAGGGAAAAGUAACACUUAACCGUAUUCUAGGGAAAAGAAAGUAGCUCUUGCUGAUGGAUCAUCUAUUUAGAUAUUUCUGGUUUUAUAAAAAUCUAUUUUAUAUCUUGUCCCUCCUUCCCAAAGAGAGCACGGGGUAGAAAAUUAUUAAAAGAAAACACCUGUUUAAAAAACAAAUAAUAAAACAUCAAUGACAUUUUGAUAGAGAAUCAAAUGAUAUCUCCUUAACACCUCCUCAAAGGCCUGAACAAACAGAUGAGUUUUAAAUUUGUGCCUGAACAUAGGUAGAGUGGGGAUGACCCAAUUUCAGCUGGAAGGGAGUUCCACAGGCUGAGUGCCAACACUGAGAACUCCUUUAGUGAGGUAGCCAAGCUCUUGUAACUGUCCCAUUUCAGACGGUAGGUUCACAUGAUGGAAAAUUCCAAUGUAGAAAAAGGAUACUUCCAUAUAGAAUAAUAACACAA